AUGGUGUUCCCGACCGAGGCGCAAGCCCAGGACAACUACAUAGCCAUAUUCGGCACUCGGACUCGAUUCGUCGUUAUGGUGCUCGUGCUACUUUGUCUCACUUCUAUCUGGUGCGAUUUCUCUUCUUGAUCAAUUGCUUUUUUCUGCAUUUUUUUUUGAUUUUUUUUUUCAAAAAUUGAAACAGUCCCACAAAAAAGGCCUUUCUUUCUUCUCUAUUAGACCUUGAUAGGCUUUGACGCCUUCGUAAUCUUCGAAAAUAGUUUUGAAACUGCUAAUAGGUUUCGUUCAGCUUUUUCUUUUGCGAAAAUUCUGUUAUGAGUUUAAAAAAUCGCAUAUUCCAUUCAAUUAAAGUUAUUUUUGCAAGCAGGAACUGUUUGGCAGUACAGUAAAAGAACUUAUAUAAUUUUUUUUUUCUUAUUUCUUACUUUUAGCCAAUAAACUUUUUCAGGGCCAACAUCCUGACUUUCAAUAUUGCCGUCGUUUGCAUGGACGAACACGAAGAAGGUAAUGCGACACAUACUGGCAGUGAGACGUUUUUCACCAACUGUGAGUUUUCACCCUUUUCGUUAUUUUUUUAAAUAUUCAGAACGGAAUUAUGUUUUUUUGUAACUAAAAAAACUAGUUGUCGUAGUUGAUAAGAGUAGUUUUGCAUAAUUCCAAUAACACUCCAAAAACGUAUCGUUGAACUCCGAUGUUUUGUAGUUCAAAGUUAUAAAUGGUGAAUUUGAUCCAGUCUUUGCAUUUUUUUUUUUUGAAUUUCUUUUUUUCCUUUUCAAUUUUUGACUCUGGUUGAAAUUCCUCUAUGGGAGAAAAAACGAGAAAAAAAGGAACGAAUUGAAUUGAAUCGAACUUUUCGAAUUCAAUUUUCUUUUCUUCAAAUAAAACCGAAUUAACUUUUUGAAAAAAAGUUUAUUUUUAUGACGGCGAAAAAUGUGUUUUUCACACUUUUUUUUGAUUCCACUGGCAAUAAAAACUGACCAAUAAAACAGGCUGGAAAGAGUGAAAUAUACAAUUGAAUGGAAACUAUUUUGCAUACGAAUGGUCGUGGAUUUUUUGAAUUUUUUCCAAGUUGAUACUCGAUUUCUGGAAGAUAGAACCGGAAGCGUUUCAAACCGAAUGUAUCAGAAAAUGAAAAAUGGACGGAAAUAACAGCCGAAAAUGGAUGGACGACUAUAAAACCCGUCGGGAGAAGACGACGAUUGUCUCUUUGUGUGUACGAAUUGUGAUCGAUUCGACACCGAUUUACUGGCGUCAUGAUCUCGAGUCAAAAAAUUUCAGCAUCAAAAUAAACACCGGUGUAAAAUUAACAAUGUCGCGCUGCUUGAUAGUUUUUUUUAGAAUUUUCGAACUAAAGCCGAACGUUUCAAACAAAAAAAAUCUUUUUAAUGAUUUUCAAAGGUUUGGAUAUAAUGUCAUGUCGCCUGUUUCAGCACGAAAAUCGUGGUCAAUCUCGAUUGUGGCCAUUGCGGCGUUGCUGGCCAACUUCCCAGUCGUUCAGUUGGUCGGCAGAUUCGGCAUUAGGACGAUCUUCGCCUCGUUUGGCAUCAUCUCUGCUGUCGCCACCUUGCUCAUCCCACUCUCUAUCCGUGUCAGUAAUUCUUCAAGUUUCGAGCUAUGAACGUACAUAAGAUCCCUAUUCUCCAAAAUAAUGAUUAACUUUUGAUGCCGGUCCAAGUGUGCUUCUGAGUUCUUUCUCUUUUGCAGAUGUUGGUGUGAGAAUCGAAACUCGUGUAGAUAUAUUUCUCUCGAAGCAAAUAAGACUCAAAUCAAGUAGUUUUUUUUGUGUAGGGUGUUCACUAUAGGUUCCUCAAAAGUUCAAAUCUUACAAACUCCUGAGUUCUCAUUUUAAAAAAAGCGUUAAUAUUUUUUAAAUGGUUCAUUAUCGUGCAAAACAGUUUUUCAAAAUGGCGAGAAGCUCCCAGAAUGAAAAUAUUCACGGACAAAGUCCAAAAGGCCUUAAAAAGAAGAAGUUAUAACUCCUUUUUAGGUUCCUAAAAAGGUGUAAAAAUUUUCUCGGAAUCUCCUUUUUUCACCUUUGUUCCGCAUCCUUCUUUUUUUGUCCUCUUAAAAAAGUCUAUCUUAAAAAGAGGUCAAGAAAAGAGGUUCCUGUGAGGCCUUUUUUCCUAAAAGUUCUUUUUAGGUCCUUCUGGCUUUCUCAAAGUUUCAUAGGCUCGCGUCGAAAAAGAUAACCUGAAUAUCAGAUGUUAUAUGAAUGCCUUUUUCGGAUAAUGCCCUCUAAAAGAAAACAUCUAGUUUUCUUGGAUAAUUGACUAGGAUGUAACGAUUUUCAGCUCGGGUUCUACUACUUCCUAGGCGUGCGCUUCCUGCAAGGCUUCGCCUUCUCGGCCAAUUUCCCCGUGAUCGGAGCGUUCUGCGCCAAAUGGAGCUACUUCAAGCAGGCAAACACGAAUUGUGCAUGUAUCCCAUCUCCUGCUCGACUUUUCAGAAUGGUUUGUUUGUCUCGGCGCUCGUCGCUUAUGUUCAACUCGCGCCUGCCAUCACGAAUCCCGUCGGUGGAGCGUUGUGCUCGGCGUUCAGGUCCCAUAUCCAGAGAAACUCGAGCCAAAUAAAAACCUUUCAAGAUGGCCUUCUGUCUACUAUGCUCACGGAGCCGUUUCUUUACUGCUUUUUGUCACCUACGGUCUCUUUUACCGCAACUCGCCCAACAAACAUCCCUUCGUUGGCAACGUCGAACUCAACAAGAUUGCCGUCGGCAAGAUUCAAAAUGAGUGAGUUGUUGCUCUGCAAAGUGAGCCUUUUCGAGGAUUUGACCAUUGUCGGCUUUAUCGCUGUAGCCGUUAGAGAAUCUUGUUCAUGCAAAAGAAGAAUGACGUUGCAGUAUAGAGAUCACUUGAAAACGAGUAGUGCCAUCAUGUCUUUAUUUCCCGCCGUGUUAUGCAAAAAAUCAUCUCAAACGCAGAUCUGCAAUAAAUAUUCUCGACGUCAUCAAUCAGGCCGUUCUUUGUUCCUCUUAUUGACUUAAUCGGCUGUCCUAUCUGCAAAUAGUGUACUUACUGUUUUGAAACGGUUUCUCAGAAUGAGUUUAAAGAAGCUGUGUCGAAAUUUUAGUCUAGAUGAAGAUUACCAAACAGAGUGUGCAUUUGGAUGGGAAAAUUUGAGAGAAAUUACAGCAAGCGGGCGUCGAAAGCGAUACCUUAUGGAGCGAUUCUGAAGACGCCGGCUAUUUGGGCCGUUUGGGUGGCAGCAAUCGGCAACUUCACCUGCGUCAACAUGAUGUUCCUCUACUCGCCGACCUACCUGUCGUCGGUUCUCGGCUUCGCGGCCCACUCCACUGGAAUCUCGGCGGCGCUUCCGCCGUUGGCUCAGUUCGUCUGCAAGCUGCUCUGCGGUUCGUGUUGUUCAAGUUCUAACAGCCAUAACGAGUUUUUUUUGAGGCUUCAUUUCGGAUCGCAUAAAGUUCCUCUCCGAACGAACCAAGUUCCGGCUCUUCAACACGGUGGCCUUCUGUGGGUCCGCCUUGUGUCUCGUCCUCCUGGGAUUCCUCAACGUCAGCCAUCCGACCUUCAACAUGAUCGUUCUAGGAGCUGCAGCUGGCGCCCUUGGAGCCACAACUGGCGGCUUUUUCAAAGCUGGCCCUGUGCUCUCCAAGCAGUAUAGGUAGGUAACGCACAAUUCGAAACAUUUAGCUGGUUUGCGAAAUGCCAUAAAAGAUGACGCCUCCUCAAUUUUUGUAUAAAAAAUAAAUAGUACCAUUUGCCUAGACUUUCACUUGAUUUUUAAACUCAUCUUUGCGAUCAUUUUCAGGAUUUUUCAUUAUAAACUGUCUUCUUUAAUUUCCUUUUUACUGGUAGAAAAAAAUAAGCCUGCUUGAAAAAUUUUUCGCUUCGCUGGUUUUUUUAAAUUCGCAGAGGUAGCUCCCAUCUGAAGUAACGCUGACAGAAACUUUGGCUGCGAAAAUCAAGUUUUUAGUAUCCUCUUUUGAGCAAAUUGUAGAUUAUUUUUGAACCUUAUAUAUCCAAACAUCUUCUGUAGCUGAUGCGAAGAAUUGCAGUCAUUUCGUCACGGGAAACAUGUCCCUCGGCAUCACAGCCACCAUGCUCAUCCUCCCAUUCCUCGUCAACAGUCUGACGCCUCACAACACACAGGCCGAGUGGCGCUGGGUCUUCUUCAUCACCGCCGGCGUUUUGGUACGCGACAAUUUUCGACAAUUUUUUGAUGCUCGCUCUCGCGUCACGUGAUCAUGUUUCCGAACUUCAGGUUGUGUGCAAUGUGUUUUUCGUUGUUUUCGUGCGCGGCGAGCCCUGCGACUGGACUCGCGACGACUUCAGUCGCACCAACACCGUUGCGGACUCGUCAAAAACUCAGGUCGCCACGAUCGAAUCGCCCCCUGUGACUACCUAUGGUCGGCCAGUCUAUUAG